AUGCCGUCUCAUUUACUUAUAAGAUAUAAAACUUCUGUAGUUAAGGGCACACCAUUAUCGUCAAAUAGGACUUACCUUCAUGAGCUUAUUGUAGAAAAUAAAUCAAAAGAAUUUCAACGCCGAUUUUGUGGCACUGUUUGGCUUGAUGAUGGAGAUUAUUCAAAUAAAUCUUUCAAUUCAUUUAAAGACUUUCUUAAUAAGAUCUGA